CCUACCCAUUUAAAUACCACAACAAUCUCCAUCACCUUUUUUCCCACUUUAACACCAAACCAACACCACCACCUCCUCCUCCUCCCCAAUGCACCGUUCCUCCUCCACCGCCGCCGCCACAACCUCCGUCAAUGGCUUCUACAACUUCCUUACUCAAGGCCUCGACGAUCUAUUUCGCUCUUUUCACUCCCACAACUUCAUGUCUAUCCAUUUUCUCCAACAUGUCCUCUCAUCCCUCCAAUCUUUCCAUUCACAUCUCAUCGCCGUCGUCCAAAAGCUCCACUUGCCGGUCGGAGAAAAGUGGCUAGAUGAAUACAUGGAUGAAAGCGCCCGUCUCUGGGAAGUCUGCCACGUUCUAAAGUCCGGCAUCACCAACAUGGAAAACUACUACUCCGCCGCCGUCACCAUCGCCACCACCCUCGAAAACCACCGUUUUUUAAACCCACAAAAUUCCCGCCAGGUUCUUAGAGCGAUCAAUGGGUGUCAGAGGGAGAGAGUCGGAUUGGAGGAAGAAAACAGAGGCUUGAUCCGAAACAGAAUUCAACCAUUGAUGAUAAAAUUCGAUAAAAACGUGUUGAUCGAAUCAAAAUUCAAUGGGUUUAAUGGAUUCAGAGGAGUUCUUUUCGCAUUACGAAACACAAAUUCCUUACUUUUGAUGAUCUUAUUAAGUGGUCUCGUUUACUGCUCACCUGUAACAAGCUUUUCUUCAUCCUGCCAUGGUGGCAAUACCACUAUGAAUUACACCGAAGGAAAGGGAGUUUACGGGUCGGGUUUCAUGGUUUCCGCCACUAGAUUACAUGAGAAAGUGAAGGAAAAUGAAGAGGGUCAAAAUGGUGUCUUGCUUUAUGAGUUUUGGAAUGCAAGAAGCGCCAUCGAUGAACUAAAAACAGAGCUUGAAAGAAUUAGAGGGACUGGAAUGGAAUUAGACGUAAGUGAAAGGGUUGAAAAGUUAAAAAGCUGUUCUGUAGGGUUGCAAUGUGGAGUUGAAAAUAUGAGUGUCCAACUUGAUGACUUCUUUGAUGAGAUUGUUGAAGCUAGAAAGAAGCUUUUAGACUUGUGCACUCAUAGUUAGGGGUUCGAACACCAUGGGCUCGAGCCUAUUCUUGUUGGGUAGGGAUCAUGGGUUCAUUUUCUUUUUGACGUUUUUACCCUCGUAGAUAGGGUUGUGGGUUCGAGCCUCGUUUAAUUUUGUUGGCUUUACUAUAAUUAGCAAGAAUUGUAGGUUGAGUUCUGCCUUUUUAUCAAAAAAGGAAAGAGAUUAGACUUGUGCAGAAAGAAAAAGAAAAUCAAAAUAGACUAUGGGUAGGUUUUAUUUUGUUGUUUAUAAUAAGUUUCUUGCUUUGUUUUAUUUAAUUUAAUUUUUGUGUAUGGUUUAUAAAAAGUCAUUUUUAACUUGACA